UGCCCGAAGGCAAGCGACGCCAGGGCCGAGUGCAAUUGCGCCAGCCGGAGCGCCUUUCCGCACGCCAUGAAAUACCCAAGGCUCAUUCAUCCCAGCUGACCAUUUCCAUGAUGACUUGGAGCAGGCGGUGUAACGGAAAACCGCGUUCGCGUCUCUUAUCGCAUUCUCACUCGACAGGCGUUCUUUGCCCAAGCUCUUUCCAAGGCUCGCAUGCCUUCUAAUGUUUAUGGAUCUGCCCAUAUCCUCCAGAAAAUCGUGAGCCAGCUUGGUGCCAGGUGUCUCUUCUCUCCAUCGCUGCAUCGAACGUCAGCAAGCUCGGUCCCAGUUGCUUCAAUGUCGUCGUCAUCAGGGCCGCGUGGUCAAAGAGGCAGUUCAGGGGGUUGGGGAAGGGGGAGGGGUCAAAGGCUUGCUGCGUACGUGAAUCCAUCGGGAGGGGGGCGAUUGUCUUGCGCUACCCACUCGGGAGGUACUCCUCAAAUUCAUCGUAUCCAGGAACAGGGGGCGUGUCCAGGUACAGAGCAUCCGGGCCAGGUGUCUAGUUUCAGUACAUCAAGCGAGGAAUGGCCCUCUUUGGGAGGGGCUAACUUGGAUGCACGUGCUCCACGUAGGGGUGUUCCGAUACCCCUCGAGAACGAGUCAUCCCAGCAGAGACAGCGUGUAAAGGGGGUUAACCAAGAAAGCGGGGAGGCCGUCCCUGAGCACAGCAGCAUGAGUGACAAGCAACCAUACGCAAGGGAUUCGGACAGUGUUGUCGGGCAGAAUGCUGUCGAGCAGGUUGUAUGUGCAGAGCAGGUGAGAGAGGACACUGUGAGCGGGUUCAGUGGUGGUAAGGAGGAACCCAGUUCCAGAAAAAGAUUCUUCAACCAUGAGAUGAGCACGGGAGCGAGGGGUGGGGAGAGGGCGGGCUGCGAAGCAGGGCCGGACAAUGUUGACCCGCAUAGAGAUGGCCUUUGUGAGGAGGAGGGCCGUGAGAACGAGUCUGCAGACUGUGCAAUGGAAGCGGCGUCGAUGGGUGACGAGGGGUCCCACGAGAAUAGAGAAAGUAAUGCCAGCAGCCGAGCAGGAACGGCUAGGGGCGAUGCACGUGAACACACAGGGGACCGGUGGGUGAGCGGUGGGGGUAGGCACGCUCUUGGUCGUAGAGGUGGAGGUAGAGGGGAGUGUUACGAGGUAUCGGGGAGGUCUGACGAUGUCGGACGGGGAGUGGGAGUGGGAACAAGGGGUUAUGGGGGUGCAUAUGGAAGGGGCGCUUCGAGAAGGAGAGGCAGAUGGCGAGGGGCCAGUUCCGGCCAUGGUGAAGCUGUGGGGGCUGGGCACAGUGACGAUGCCGCACCUUUGCGUAGGUCUGGAGAGAUUGACGCCUUGGGCCGUUGCUUGACACGGAUUCUGAGGCAUCAAGCCCCUUCGUGGCGGCUCGACAUUCGCCCUGACGGAUACGUCCCUGUUGAACAACUUUUAACCCUGAAGGCUCGAACUCCAGCCCAGAAAGAGCUCUGCAGCCACACUGUGGAGGACGUUCGCCAGACGGUCACAACUGAUAACAAACAAAGGUUCGGGCUGUUGGAGGAGAACGGAAACUUGCUGAUCCGAGCCAAUCAAGGGCACACCAUGAAGUGUGUUCAGACAGAGGCUGUAUUGACACCCAUAGCGGAUGCGAAGGACGUACCGGUGUGCGUGCAUGGGACGUAUUACCGCCACUGGGAAGCCAUCCGUAGAGAUGGGUUGUCGAAGAUGAGCCGGAACGAGAUUCACUUCGCGAUAGGGCUGCCUGGCAAGGAUGGUGUGAUUAGCGGCAUGAGGCAGUCUUGUGAGGUUCUGAUUUACGUAGAUGUGGAGAAGGCUAUUGAAGACGGGAUAAGGUUUUUCAGGUCAGAUAACAACGUGGUUUUGACACGUGGAGUCGACGGAGUGCUCCCCACCAAGUACUUCAAGAGGGUCGUUGAUAGGAAGACAAAUAGGGACAUAUCGCUGCCAAAACCACAAUGAAGGAUCGUUGAGAGGGGGGCAUACCGCUGCCAUGAAAGGAGGGGUUCUUUAGACAAAGAAAAACAAGACAUCUGUGCACAGCUCGUGGUACAGCUCGUACUUCAAAACCAAAGUGAAGGAAAAAGGAGGGGUUCUUCUUUAGACAAGGUCUCUUCUUCCGGCUUACGUAGGCGAAUACAUCCGUCUGGCAGAGGGGAAAAAAGUACCUGUGGAUGGCCAGGUGCACAGCAAGGAUCGUUGAGAGGGGGCCAUACCGCUUCCAUGAAAGGAGGGGUUCUUUAGACAGAAAAACAAGACAUCUGUGCACAGCUCGUGGUACAGCUCGUACUUCAAGGACAAAGGAGGGGUUCUUCUUUAGACAACGUCUCUUCUUUUGGAUUACGUAAGCGAACACAUCCGUCUGUCAAAGGGGAAAAAAAGUACCUGUGGAUGGCCAGGUGCACAGCACGAGCUGUACCGGGAGGAGGUACCGUCGUCCUGGUGCACUCUGGCAGGGACGCACUGCUCAAAUCAGCCGAAGAGCACUGUGCAGAGGCAAACACGCAGAACUAAUCCUUAGCGAGGUAGAGAAGUACAGGAUGGGAACGAGCCUGCCGGAGCAAGAUGUUUCUCAUACAACCCAAGAAGCUCUCCAAGUCCAUCCUCUUCUCCUUGGGCACAAUUGCUCCCCGGCCUUAUUUGCUCGGGGAUGCGUUUGACAAGUUGAAGUACAGAAUGUGCGCCAGAUGACCAGCUGCAUCGUACAUGACAGAGGCAUAGGAGCAACCAUGCCCAAAGAGUGGAGGCAAUGGAGCGAAUACAUCUCUCUUCCGCUUAUUGUGUGCAAUCACCCAAAUUAGCUUAUUGAUGACAAGUGUGAAAAUAGGGACUAUUAUUACUGUUGGAAAGGGUGAUUAGGAGGAGGGCAAUGAUGGCAAUCAGCCGGUUUACCUGCCUGAUUAUAGAUAGCCUGUGGCUGAGUACUCUCCUGCAUCAGUCGGUUAGGAGAUGGGCAAAGAGAAGAGGACUCAUGAUCUACUGUAUCAUGAGUUUGUGCAGUUGCUUGCAGUCGUACUGCCAACUAGAAGUCCUUUCAGCCAUAAAGACCUGAUGCGAGGAGGGAGUGCGAGGAUACGAACCCUUGACAUGCCCAUAUUGGGCCUCGCUGCAAGCAUGUGGCCGCCCUAAGUGAAGGUGGGCCUAUGAAUCUCAACGAGGCCUGAAUUUGUCAAUUUUUAAAAGCCUUGGUGGGCGCCAGACAGUUGCCACGUGCCAAUUGGUUACAUUCGCCCUGCUCGUGAGCAUCAGAAUGUUUGGUGAGCCUUCUAGGCUCUUCUGGGUUGGAUGUGGAAGCAGAGGCCUUUCGGCCUAUCACGAUGCAGCAAACACCUCAAGCCACAUCCGACAGUUGAGUGCCCUUUCACCAACUCGGUCCCAGGCCGCUGUCUGAAUGGGCCUGGGUGCAGACACUUUGGCCCAACCGGAGGCUACUGGGCAGACUUGCCGCCCAGACCAGGCAGCUGUCGGGCCUGGGCGCUUUCCAUUUAGGAAAGUGCCAGGCAGCUACGGACUCAUUCGGGCACCUGGUGAACAUGCGGCAGCGCUGCCCGUACGAACGCUAGCAGGCGCAGGCAAGUAAGCCCGGGCGCACUCGGGCGCUGGAGGGAGGAGCGGUGUCAGCCGGGUGUUGGCGGUGGUCCUUGAGGAAGAAGGACAGAAGUGGGAGAGACGAGGGUGAGCAUAGAGAGGGUGAGUCGGGGAGAUGAUGUGAGAGCACUUACCUGGUCGUCGUGGAGAUCUGCAUGACGGGCAUCUGCAUGCACUCUGUUUUCCUCUGCUGAUGUCAACUGGUUGCCUUGUCAUUUGAGUAGGCUAGCAUAGUAGCUGUAGGUUCGUAGUCUAGGCGCUGAGCACCAUCAGGAGGAAGAGCUUCGAUUACGUUGUUGGUGGUGGCGAGAGUAUGCUUUCAUUGACAAUUGAG